UGACUCUGUGUGGGUCUUCUGACCUCAGAGGAAUCCCUGCAAUUCCCUGAACUCUGGAAAUAGCAAGAUGAGGCACAUAGUUCUUUCCCUGUCCUUGGUGACUGGUACCCCUGGGUCCCAAGAAUCUGCAAUGCCUCAUCUCCCAAGCAGCUAAUCAGAGGAGACUGUGAAGAUGAGAAAGGCUAUACGUGGAACCAACCAGGAAAGAGCCGGUUUGCCCAAGAUGAUGCCUCUAAAGCUAGGAACCUUGAAUCUGUUGAUUUACUUACAAAGCCUUGGGAAACUGGAAGGGAGGCAAAGCCACCCAGAAUCUAAAAUCCUCUGAGAUAAUUUCUGUCAUCGCCUUGGAAGCCACACUGCUCUGGCUGCUCUCCAGCGCUGGAGGGGUCACAGAGUCCAGGCAGUGCUGUGAGCAGAGACAGAGACUGCAAUUCGGCGGCGCCACCCGGACACUUUGCGUUCCGGUGGGCUUUGCGCUCUGAAGAUGUGUCCCCGCACCUUCUUCCCAGGCGCUGUGCGGGAGGUCUGAAACAGCCCAGCUGGUGACUCGAAAGGGAGUUUCUAGAAGCUCCAUCUCUGCUGCCUCCCCUCCCCUUCAGAUUUGGAAUUUUACCCUCUCCAGGCAGCUGCUCCAGCUAUACAACAUCCGCCCGCCCUCCGAGGGGACGAGGUGCCACCGACGCCGCUUGCCUCGGGCCGGUCCGAGGGCUUGACCACAGUGCCGCGGUGUCGCGGAUGCUCCCGAGCUGGGGCUGGGGACUCCCCGCCCUUGCGCGCGACCCCGCGGCCGGGCAGGCGGCGCUUGCAGCGGGCAGGGGGCGGGCAGGGCAGAUGGGACUCGUCCGGGGGUAGCCUCCUCCUCUGCAUCCUGCCCGCGCAUCCCGAAGCCCAGUCGCAUCCUCCGCCUCUGCCUCGGCGGCUGCCAGCCUCCGCCUCGCGCCACCUCGGCCUGCCGCCGCCCCCGCCGCCGCGCCCCCGGUGGCUGUGCCUCGGCGGAGCCCGGAGGGGGCCUGUGGCGCGUCGACCGCCCGCUCGGCUCGGCUUGGCCAGGAGGCGUGCAUGCCCCUGCUGCCCGUGGCGCUCAUCAGCAGCAUGCUCUAUUUCCAGAUGGUGAUCAUGGCAGGGACGGUGAUGCUGGCUUACUACUUCGAAUACACAGACACGUUCACUGUGAACGUGCAGGGAUUCUUCUGCCACGACAGCGCCUACCGUAAGCCCUACCCGGGCCCAGAGGACAGCAGCGCGGUGCCCCCGGUGCUCCUCUACUCGCUGGCCGCUGGCGUCCCGGUGCUUGUGAUAAUAGUUGGAGAAACUGCAGUGUUUUGCCUGCAAUUAGCCACAAGAGAUUUUGAAAACCAGGAAAAAACCAUUUUAACUGGAGAUUGUUGCUAUAUAAACCCACUGGUACGCCGAACCGUCCGAUUUCUUGGAAUUUAUGCAUUUGGACUGUUUGCUACAGAUAUCUUUGUAAAUGCUGGGCAAGUGGUUACAGGAAACCUAGCUCCACACUUUCUGGCUUUGUGUAAGCCAAACUACACAGCGCUCGGAUGUCAGCAGUACACACAGUUUAUCAGUGGGGAGGAAGCAUGCACAGGCAACCCAGACCUCAUCAUGCGAGCACGGAAAACAUUCCCAUCCAAGGAAGCUGCCCUGAGUGUCUACGCUGCCACGUAUCUGACGAUGUACAUUACCAGCACUAUCAAAGCCAAAGGAACCAGACUUGCUAAGCCUGUCCUGUGCUUGGGAUUAAUGUGUUUGGCCUUUCUUACUGGACUCAACAGAGUAGCGGAAUAUCGAAAUCAUUGGUCAGAUGUGAUAGCAGGCUUCCUAGUCGGAAUAUCUAUAGCAGUAUUUCUGGUUGUAUGCGUGGUAAACAAUUUUAAAGGAAGACAACCAGAAAAUGGGCAUAUACACAGGGACAAUGUGGCCCGGAUGCCAAUGACCAACAUUCCUCGAGUAGAAAGCCCUUUGGAAAAGGUAACAUCUCUGCAGACCUGAUCCCUGAACACCAUGGAAUUGACAGUGAGUUAGGCUGGCUUGCCUGUGAGCCCCAGGUGCUCUGCUGUCUCUGAUUGUCCAGCACUAGGGUUACACCUGUGCACCACCAUACCUGGUAGUUUUGAAGUGGGUUCUGCAGAUGGAACGUGGGUCUUCAAUUUUGUAGAGCAAGCACUCUACAUAUGAAGGUAUCUCCCUAGUCCCUAAAAUUUCCUAAUCUUAUGGGUUCUAACAAAAGUAGGAUUUCAUGUAAUAAUCAACAAUAGUAAGCUAUGGAAUUUUCAAUCUACCCAGAACAGCUGCCAUUUUACAAUCAGCCCACCUCUAACAUUCACCCCUGAUAACCACUAAUCUGCCAUCUGUGCCUGUAUUUCUUUCUGCCUUUCCCAGGGUGUCAUAAAUGGACUGACAUUGUAUGUAAAUGUUUUAGUCUGCCUCCUUUUUAGGGGUCAAUGGGCUUUCUACCCAAAUUGGUGAGAGGUGCUCUGUUGGGUAACUGUACCUCAGCUUCUUUUCCCAUUGGCUGGCUGGAGGAUAUUUGGGUUGAAUGUCAUUGAAGGAAAUCAUGAAUGCAGCUGAUAUGAAUAUUAAUGUACAGGAUUUUGUAUGAAUAAACAUUUUUUAUUCAUUCAUAAAUUACAGACACACACACACACCUGGAAAAGGAAAGUGGGCCAUCUGGAUUUUUACUGACUUGUGCAGUUUUAUGGAAACUGGCAAGCUUCUUGGUGUUCAUCAGCAACUGGUUAUAAAGGAAUUUAUUAUACACCUGUUCCUUUACCUAUGUCCUCUAACUCUUUUUGGUUGGGGAAUUGCUCUGUGCUUCUAUAGCCAAUCCAACAUUUUUAAAGGUUAAAAUGGAAUCAAACAAACAAGGUUACAGUUAGUUAGGUUAACUUAAUGUGAAAGAAACAUAAGAAUAACUUAUAGGUAAGUUUCAGUUACUAGGAAUAUCAACAUGAUUCUAUUAGGGUUGUAAUAAAUGAAACUUGAAUAAAUACCAAGUCAAAGCCUGUAGUAGACUUCCCAAUCAUGUGAGAUUACAAUAUGGUGAUGAGUGAGAUUGUUUUGAAAGCAAACAAAGGGGGCAGUGCCAAGAGCUGUGGUAGAUGAGGACAUUCAGGGGACACACAUAUUUACUUUGUAGCAUCUCCUAAGAAAAGGUAGAAAGAGUCAUUUGCCAAUAGGUAAAGUUAAGUGGGUGGGGAUAAGAGGCUUGGGGAGGGUAAGCAUCAACUGAGGAGGCCAGAUGAGUGAGGAAAAUAGAACCUAAAACUGGGGUGGGUGUCAGAAUUUGCAGUCAAGAAAUGUCCACGUGGUCAAACUUUGCAGUCAGACAGACAAGGGAAACGAAGAGCCUUUUAGUUGCUCAAAAAAGGAAUGGAAAGAAGACUCCGAAUCAAUACAAAACUGUGCACUACAACAAAGCUAGUGUCGAUAAACUGUCCUCCUGCCCAAUGAAGCUCAUUUCUCAGUUUUAUUCUCUUGCAUUUCCACUUUGUAUAAACAAAAUUAUUGCUUACUUUGAAUUUUACAGCAAAGUUCCUGGGCCCAAGUCUGAAUUUCUCUAACAAUGUCUUUCUUCAUCAGUAAAACAUGAUCUCUUUUUACUAAAUGAUCUUACUCCUUUCACAAACCAUUAGGAGGAAGAUUUCACAUGACAUAUUAGUGGGACUCACAGAACACAUUCUCCUUUUAGGGCGAAUUCUACUUUUAUUGCUUGUCGUUUUUGGAUGUUUUGUUUCUUCUGGAAGAGUCUCUGUAACACCAGGCUGCUCUUCUGUAACAACAUCUGCCCUUGAACUCUGAAUCCUAUCCUUUGGUUGGGCUUAUAGGCCUGGGCCAUUACAUCAGCCAUUUUCUGUUCUCUCUCCUGUCCAUGCUCCCUGCCUCAAAGCAGACAAUGAAUAAAAUAAGGAUGCAAAUAGGAGAAUGAAGUAUGACAAUGUUCAUGAUUGUGACAUCUGAUCUUAACUUCCCCUGGCAAAAUGGAGGCAGCAUUCUUGUAACUAUGGACUGGCUGGUGGAUUUGACACUAGCUCUACAACUUUUUAUUCAAAAUCCUUAGUGGCAGAUGUUUUUCAGGAUCUAAUAUAUUUUGUAUCUUUGAAAUCAAUGUAUCCUGUGGCACAGGCACCAAUAUAAGAAGGAGACUUUGUAAUAAAAAAGUGUUGCUUAUGGAGCAGAACACAGCACAAAUUGCCUUGGGUCAUUAAAUGAAUCUGUAUCCUUCUUGUAAGAAACUAUGGGGUUUUGAAGUUAGUUUGCCUAUUAUAGUUGCAUGUUUUCUGAACUUUUGAUGAAAGAACAAACGAUGAAUUUUAUUUAUAAACUAUAGACUAUUUUAAAUUAUUUUUCUUUCCUUCUCAUCUUUGAUUCUCUAAAAUGUUUAAUUUUAGCUUGUUCCUUUUAAUUUUAUCAACCAAAAACAAAUAGUAGAUAAACCCAAAUAGAUUGUCGAAAUGGGGCCAAGAAAUAUUGUGCAUGUAUAAUUUAACAUUAGUAAAACUCCAUUCAUAAGUAUAUCUGCACUUUAUAGGUGAGAAAGCUAGGGGUUUUGAUGGUCUAACUGCUUGGCAAUCUUGUAUUGUGAUGGAGCCCACAUUUAAUCACUUUAUAUUCAACCCACUUGCCUGCAGAGUCUACUGUGCCAGUCAGUUUCCUCACCUAGACAAUAGAUCAGAGCACAGGCAUUCCAUUUUAUGUUUAAAAACUUAAGCUGAUUUUAAACCUUCUUAUUAAGUUAUAGGAUCAUUUUUGCCAUCUUGAAAAAAAGGAAUUUUACUCACUUCUGUCUGAUAAAUGACCUCACUCAUUUAUAAAUUAGUUUGAAGAAAAUCUUCACAUGACAAUUUAUUGAGGGCCAUGGAACAUACUAUCCAUUUAGGAUGCUUUUAAAACCUUAUUUAAACAUGGUGUGUGAUCUAACAAUGAAACAACCUAGAACUCUGAAGCAACAGAUACAUUCACUGAAGCAAAGAAGUUAAAUUUAAAUCUUAUGUAAAACACAUUUCGUAGGUCUUCCAAACCCAAUAUAUUGAAGAUGAUCAAGAAGAAAAUUCCCAGGGGAGAUCCUUUAAAGACUGCCUUGCCAGGCUCUUCGGCUGGAUAAUGGGGAUUAGCCACUGUGAACACCUCCAAUUAAGGCAAUAAACGUAUGUGCGCAUUAGCGCACUGGUGUUGGAGCUGUACUGCAAAACUGGAGUAAAUACAGAGCACUGUGUCCUUCUGUGCAGGUCCCCAGCACAACUGCAGAAGGACUGCACCUCACGUGGUAGCUUGUCAGCUGCUGUUAUUCUUAGUUCCAUUUUCCCCCUCAUUGGGAAUGCAGUAUUCCUUAAUGAAAUAGCCUUUCAGUAAGUACUAAAAAUUAAGUUCUAAAAGACUUUGCAAGUCUUUUGAUUCUGAAUACUUUUCAGGAUUACUUUUGCAUCUUCCUGUUUUUGUUUUUUUAAAAAAAAAGAACUUGCUGAAUGGCAGAUCUUGACAAACAGCAAGCCAUCGCCAAAUUCUGGUGUCAUAAAAAUGAGGUUUGGCUUACAUGUCAUUCUGAUUAUGUUACAUGGUUCUAUUUAUAUGGUAUAAUCUGUAUAUAGAGAAAAAUAAGGAGUAAAAUGGAGAUUUUCACGUAGAAUUUGGAGCAUUAAAUUUGGACUUAAUUGGACUGGAGAAAUGACUCUGGUUAUGAGCAGUUGCUGCUCAAAAGACCAUCUAAGCUCAGUUUUUAACACCUGUAUCUGGCCGCUCAGACAUGUAGAAUAUCGAAACUGGUCUUAAAUUUUCUAAAUUUCAGCAUCUGAAGUGAUUUUUAAGACACAAAGUGACUGUUUUACCAGGAGACACCUGCACUCAAGGACAAGCCUCAGUAUUUUGCCUGCUGCUGUGCUGUGGACUAGAAAGAAUACUUGCUAAUGGACACUUGGCAAGUUCUAUUCUUCAACUACUUGGGCUUAAUCUCUAUUCUACACUCAUGUCUAACUCUCAGUCUGUGUAACUCUGAACAGGCAGUGUGAUGACCUUUUUGUGAUGUUGCUGUGAGACGAUGGUGUUGACCUUCAUGCUCUAUCUUAACGCAAACCCAUGUGUGUCCGAGUUAAUCAUACAGCGUCAAAAUUUUACUAUGCUGCCUUAGUGUCUGUGACAUAGUGUAAUACAGGUCUGAGUCUAUUUCAAUUUUAGCCAUUCUGAAGGUUUACUUCUCUAUAAUUUCUGGCUUUUUAAAAGAAAAGAAGGAGCCUGGCGUGAUGGCGCACGCCUUUAAUCCCAGCACUCGGGAGGCAGAGGCAGGCAGAUUUCUGAGUUUGAGGCCAGCCGGUUCUACAAAGUGAAUUCCAGGACAAUCAGGGCUAUACAGAGAAACCCUGUCUCAAAAAAAAAAAAAAAAAAAAAGAAAGAAACAAAAAAGAAAAAGAAAAAAAAGAGAAAAGAAGCAAAAGGGAUGAGACUAUAAAGAAUUCUGAGGAGCAGAAUCAAAACAACAACAAAACCCAGCUUGUAGCGUGGAGUCUGAAUUCAUACCUCAAAAAUGAAGUAUUGAAGUAGAUCUCUGUCAACUACCAAAUGCUAUUUCAGUCCGUGCAUGGGCCCAACUCACUCCACACCAUCUGCUUCUCAGGGAGCAAUUAGUCUGAAACUACAGCAUGCACAUUGAAAUUCUGUUAACAGUGAACAGAAUAUUAAUGUGUCUGCCAUGGCCAUUUUUAUCUACCAAAAUUUUAGUGUUAAUUCUGAGUAAAACAGGUAUAACAUUUUAAUCUAUUCCGUUAAUUAAAAAUACUGAAUAAAAGAUAUAAUUAGCUUAAAAUUAUGUAACAGAACAGAGAAGUGAGUUUAACAACACUGUGUUGUAGCAACAAACAUGUGGGGAACGGUUCUAUAUUAAGUUAAUAGUUACUUGUGAAAAAUGCUAAAUACUUUGUUAAAUCAGUUGACCUAGGACUCUGACUUUGGAAUCCCCUUUUCUU